AUGACACCCCAAUCAGUCCUCGUAAUUGGGGGAUCCGGUGCCCAGGGGAUACCGAUCGUCAAAGAACUCUCCCGCAGUGAUAACUACCACGCCAUCCGAGUUCUGACUCGUGAUCCGACAUCUGACAACUGCCGAGCGCUUGCCUCUUUGCCCAAGGUCACCCUCUAUCCGGGGAGUGCGGAUGACGAGCCUGCUCUGAGACGUGCCUUGGCGGGGGUGGACCUUGCCUUCGUCAACACCAACAGCUGGAGUCUCGGUAUUAAGGGGGAGAUCUACUGGGGCAUCCGCAUCUAUGAACUGGCGGUCCAGGCUGGCGUCAAGCAUUUCAUAUGGUCGUCGCUGGAUAACUUUGCCGUCGAGACUCGCUUUGACGAGGAACUCCGGGUGGGCCAUUACUAUGGGAAGGGCCACGUCGAGCAAUGGCUCUCGUCAAUCCCCCAGCGCGAAGACUCGACCCGAUGGUCGAUCUUGACCACCGGUCCGUACAUCGAAAUGCUUUCAGAGCUUCUGCGGCCGACUACUGAUGAGCACGGCACCUAUUGCUUCGAUGCUCCGCUCGGCCAAGGAGCAGUUCCUUUCGUCCACCUCGAUGACCUGGGAUAUUAUGUGGAUUGGAUCUUUUCUCAUAUCGAUGAGUCUGCGGGGAUGAACCUCAAAGUGGCAGUGGAACAUGUCUCGUAUAGCCACUUAGCUACGACGUUCACCAAAGUAACGGGCAAGCCGGCGCAGUAUCGCGACAUCACGUUCGAGGAGACGUUCACAAAGGGCCCUCUUUCGCCAGUGGCCGACGUCAAGAUAGGCGCUGAAACUGCCGGGGACGACCCCACCUUACUCUCAUAUCGAGAGAACUUCACUGCAUGGUGGAAAUUGUAUGCACGGUCGGCGGAUAACAAAGGGAUCUUGCAGCGAGAUUAUGAGUUACUCGAUCGAAUCUUCCCUGAGCGGGUGCGCAGCCUCGAGCAGUGGAUGCACAAGGUAGGCUAUACGGGGGGAGCCAAAGCCGGUGCUUAA